GGUACAUAGCUAUAUCCAAGGCCUGUUGGUUGCGAGAAAAGUGGGUGUUGCACAAUGCACAUUAGCAACAGUCGCCUGAUGACUUAGAUACCCCUAGUAACUGUACCUACCUACCUUGGAUAUAUCUACUACCUGCUCUCUCUCUCACUCUCUUUCCAACCAACCGACUAAUUCCUUAUGAUGGCGACUGGCAAACUCCCAAAGACUCAGGUCGUCUCCGAUAAUGGUAGCGAUACUGUCGAUGAUAAUAGCCGCCUGCCUGCUUAUGAACAGCUGGAGCCAACUUCCCUAGAACUCCCACAGCUUGAUCUGAGCAAAGACGCCGGUCCGCAGCAGAGUACAACAGUGACCAACCACCAGUGCAUCGCGCAUCUCAAAUUCCUGGCUGCGCUGGCAGACUUGCGUGAGGCUAUCGGGCUUGACGACGGCCUCUUCGGUCUCGAAGAUGCUCAAGGAGACAAGAUCUCAUCGGAAGGGAACGAGGGACGCGUUCGUAUUCGCGAGAAACGUUGGGCUAUAUAUACAACGAGAGCUGUCGAGCGCUUUCGAGUCUGGUGGCAGAAGUGUGUACCGGUCUUGGGCCUCACCCCACGUCUCGAGAAUCUCCUUGACGCUCGUUACGAAGAGAUCACUGAUUGUAAGAUCAAACUUGCGUGGUCUGCAGAGAGGAUGCCGCCGUUGGAUGUCUUGAUGGUAUGGCACGCCUAUAUGCUGAAUCCCCGAGCAUUCCUUGAAGACUGUAUCCGAAACGCCAAGAUGAGCUUCUGGGCAACUGGGUUCCCCUGGGAAGUCGUCAGUGCAUGUAUCGACAGCAAGUUGGAUUACUUCCCUGGUGAGAAAGCCAAGAGCUCCUUUGAGAAGUUGACGGGUCUCCAGUGGGAUAAUCUUCAGGAUCCCCCAAACACAGAGAUCACUUGCCCCAGCUGUGGAGUAUCGAUCUCAGUCCCCUGGACAGAAGCCGCCGGUAAACUGGGAUGGUCUCCGGAAAACGCCUUUGAAGGAUUUCGUGGCCUUGCAGAUAACGACUUUCAAGCUAUCUGCCCUCGGUGUGCAUUUUCUGUCGACCACGAACGACUGAAAGUGGCUAAAUUCCGAAAUGAUCUUCUCGGGCUAUUGACAGAGAGUUUGCCCAUGCCUGGUACUUUCUAUGAUCUAAGGGGGAUACCGCAGUUUCCAAAACGAAACCCUACACGACAUCCGUACUGUUUCCCCAAUCGUCUUCUUGAAAUCGUGGGCCGUGAUCUGCUUGCUUUCACUGACGCGAGGUUGAGCCGGUGCAGCAGCAUCAGCGAUCUACGAGGAGAGCUUGAAACCAAACUCAAGAACCGUGACGUCCUGCGACAAGCCAGUCGAGGCAUUUUGACUCCCAACAUACAACCAGAGGAAAGGGUUGCGUUUCGCAGAAUGAUGUCUCGCUACUGGGAUAAUGCGAGCCCCUUUGCGCUGGAUCUUGUCGGGGCUGUCAUUCGCCAGGGGACUUUUGUUCAGAAGAUGGACAACAUCAACUGGCUUCACUCGCCCGCAUUGGAAGCGACAGUUGAUCGGCUCAUCAGGAAGUAUCAGAUCUUCUUCCAGAUCAUGGCUAAAAACCCCAAGCACAUGGCUGUCCCCACCCUGGACGUAGAUCUGGCCUGGCACACACACCAGCUGAGCCCCGCGCGAUACUUCCACUACUCGCUGUACCAGACCGGCACCACUGCCUUGAAGACUUUCAUCGACCAUGACGACAAAGUCGAGGAGGGUAAGCUGUCGGACGGUUUUGAAUGGACCAGCAAGAUGUACAAAAAGGCCACCAACGGUGAGAUCUACAGCGAAUGCACCUGCUGGUACUGCGAGGCCAUCCGCGUCCCAGACCUGCACGGCGGGCUCUUCGCCUCGUCAAGCACGGCGAAAGCGCGCCAGGCCGCCGCAGACCUGCACAAUCGCCCUGACAUUUCAUCCGACCCGGAGAAAAACCCGCACAUCUCCGCCCACAAUGCUGUCCAUCUCGCCCAGCCGCUUUCCGGGGGUCUAGCCGCACGCAAUAUCAAGUUCCUACAGCUGAAGAACAACUACGAAAAGGCCCGCCGCCGCAUCGAGAAACAGGACCGCAAAUCUAACCCCAAAGAGGCGACUCAUAGCCGGAAACCUUCCGUUUCUGCGUCUGCUGAUGGGACGUACGCAUAUCCCAUGGUCUGGGGGUAUCCGGCCUUGGUCCCCAUGUACGGUCCGUACAUGAGCGAUCCGGCCGUCACCGCGUCGGCAUACGCGUGCAACCCAAGCUGCAUGAACUGUGACCCCGGGGCAGCGGGCAACUGUGCAGCCGGUACGUGUGGAGCGAGCGUCGCCGCGGGUGCCUGUGGAGGAGUCGGCGGCGGCUGUUCAGGGAUGGGAGGGGGUUGUGCUGGUGGAGGCGUGGGAGGUUGUGGCGGAGGAGGCGGAGGAGGUUGUGGUGGUGGUGGAGGAGGUGGUGGCUGUGGUGGUGGUGGUGGUGGAUGUUGAUAAACACGACGACACUACAAAUAUGAGACCCCCUGUCUGCAGAGUGAUACAGCAGUAAUUCUUGCCCUGCUGAAUAAGGAUAUAAAGAGCUGCCUUUUCAAACCUUCAUGCU